UUGUUAAAGCGCGUGGCAUCCUUCCGAAAUGUCAGAAGCCAGGAGAUCUCCAAACUCGUCGCUGCCAUCAGCGAAUUCAUGCACGGUAACAACGAGGAAGAGGCGGUGAACAUGAGGAGGUUGCUGGUCCCGCUGGCGAGUCGCGUGACUUCGAGGUCCGCUUUCGGGGAGCUGGAGAACGAGAUCGGAGAAGGGUUCUUGGCCGUGGUUGACGAAAUCGUGAAGGCACAUAACGGGUUCGGACUGUCGGAUUUAUUUCCUUCUUUGAAGUUCAUCCCUGUGGUUACCGGGUUUCUACGAAAGCAGAGUCGCUGCAUGAAACGACGACAUCUGGGCGAUGAAAUGGAGGAUAUUGUCGACAUUUUGCUCAACCUCCAAGAGACGGGGGACCUCCCGCUCACCUUGACAACUGACGCCAUCAAAGCCGUCGUUCUUGUCAGUAUUCAUCAAUUAUUUCAUUCAUAG